GCCAAAUAUUCUUUGUAGCUUCGCUUCAAUUACCAAGGAGAGUACGACGUGAUAGCAACACUAGUUUAGCACCAUGGGGGCAGUGGUUUGGAUUCUAGGGUUGUGCUGUGUAAUUGCAACGGGGCUUCAGACGAUAAGAGCGGAUGAUAGCUUACCAAUAGUCGUUCGAUUGCAUAGAACUGUGGUUGAUAAUACUAAUACAAAUCUAAACGAUUCCAACGAGUCUAAAAAAGAAUGCAAAGCCCGUGGCAUCACUUGUGGUAGCUGUACAAGUGUAAUGCUUUGUAACCAUGAGAAUAAAAUGGUUGCCUCAUAUGAGUGCAGUUCUGUCGAUGCUCAACGACCUUACUGUGUGGGCAAUGGAAUGUGUACAAAUAUCAUGGAUGCACAAUGUAACACGCCUAGCGAAUUAUGCCCACCAGAACAAUCCUAUGCAUUUUAUCCAGUUCCCGGCAAUUGUAGUGAAUCGGUAUAUUGCAACGAUAAAAAGUUCGCAAUGAAGCAAAGCGCUCCUAGCUCAUCGUACGUGUUCAAUUCUUUAGUCCAAUCAUGGACUUUGCGUAAAACUACUGCCGAUUGUUUCCAAAUUAACUGUCUGAGUUCAACAAUGCAGAACAAAUUUUAUGUAUAUAAACCAAAUCCUCGGCUAUAUUUUUAUUGCGCCACCUUCGGGCCGAUGACGUUCGAAUGUAGUGAAAAUGAAGAAUUCAAUGAAACUAAGAGAAGGUGUGAGUUUGCUUGCAAAAAAGAAGGUAAAUUUGCAAUUCCGGACGGAAAUGGAGGAUCGCAAACGGAUCGCUACUAUUUAUGUUUGGCGGGACUGAACGGAUCGUACCAAUUGUUUGAAACACCCUGUCCUACUGGACUGACUUUUCAAACGGACGAUUGCAAACUACCACCGCCACCAGCUACAUCAUAAAAUAAUCUAACAUUGUUGCUUAAUAAAUUGCAUGUUUAAAAAUG